GGGGAAACCAGCCCGGAGGAGGAGAGGAGGAGGAGGAGGAGGAUGGAGGAGGAGAUGCAGCCAGCAGAGGAGGGGCCCAGCCUCCCCAAAAUCUACAAGCAGCGGAGCCCUUACAGCGUCCUCAAGACCUUCCCCAGUAAGAGGCCAGCCUUGACCAAGCGCUACGACAGACCCACCAUGGUGGAAAUCCCUCCGGUCAGGGCAGCUGCAGGAGGGCAGCAGCCCCACUUUCAGCAUCCUCCUGCCUCCAUCAGCAGCAGCGAGCAGCAUCCUCAGUACCAGGCGCAGAGCUCCUAUCCGAACGGGCCCGGCCGAGCCGCCGCCGCCGCCUCCUCUUCCUCCCCCUCCUGCACCCCAGUCGUGUCCCAGGGCCACCUGAGGACUCCAGUUCCUCCGCCUGCUCCACUGGCUUCCUCUUCUGCAGCCGUCGCGGCCGCAGCAGCCGGGGUGUCCAGGUACGGAGCCAGCCAGGCGGCGGCCGCAGGCAGCAGCAGUAGUAGCAGCAGCAGCAGCGAGGGCAGCAGCAACGGCACCGGCAGCAGCCUGGAGCUCAGCGCAGAGAGCCGUAUGAUCUUGGAUGCCUUUGCCCAGCAGUGCAGUCGGGUUCUUAGCCUUUUAAACUGUGGUGGAAAACUUCUGGACUCCAGCCAUUCUCAAUCCAUGAUUUCUUGUGUAAAGCAGGAAGGUUCAAGUUAUAGCGAGAGACAAGAACAGUGUCAGAUUGGAAAAAUUGUCCAUAGUCAGACAUCAGACAAUUUAGACAUUGAGAUGCAAUAUAUGCAAAAGAAACAGCAAACCUCUGCCUUCUUGAGGGUUUUUACUGAUUCGCUACAAAAUUAUCUGCUUUCUGGGAGCUUUCCAUCUCAGAACACAUCAUCCGUAAAUGAUUACAGCCAUCUGGCAGAUGUGGACCCUCUUUCAACCUCCCCAGUUCAUACUUUAGGUGGAUGGACCUCCCCAGCCACUUCUGAAUCUCAUGGCCAUCCAUCAUCUUCUACACUCCCAGAAGAGGAAGAAGAGGAAGAAGGGUACUGCCCUCGGUGCCAAGAGCUGGAACAAGAAGUCAUUUCACUACAACAAGAAAAUGAGGAACUCAGAAGAAAACUGGAGAGCAUCCCAGUGCCCUGCCAGACGGUCUUAGAUUAUUUGAAAACUGUCCUUCAGCACCAUAACCAGCUUAUGAUACCACAGCCAGCAGAUCAGCCCACAGAGGGAAGCAAGCAGCUGUUGAACAACUAUCCUGUCUACAUCACUAGUAAACAAUGGGAUGAGGCUGUAAAUUCUUCCAAGAAAGAUGGGAGGCGGCUACUUCGAUACCUCAUCAGAUUUGUUUUUACAACCGAUGAGCUUAAGUACUCAUGCGGCCUUGGAAAAAGGAAAAGGUCAGUGCAGUCAGGAGAGACAGGUCCUGAAAGACGUCCUCUGGAUCCAGUUAAAGUAACAUGUCUCAGAGAGUUCAUUAGGAUGCAUUGUACUUCCAACCCGGAUUGGUGGAUGCCAUCAGAGGAGCAAAUAAAUAAAGUAUUCAGUGACGCAGUUGGCCAUGCCCGGCAAGGACGAGCUGUGGGGACUUUCCUACAUAAUGGCGGUUCAUAUUAUGAAGGGAUUGAGCAUCAGCUUUCACAGGAUGAAGUCCUCAAUAAAGGUUCCCAGGAUGCAGCUGGAGAUUGAUGGAAAUCAGAGGAAAUCUGUUCCACAGUAGCAGCCAGCCAACUAGAGAAUACUGAUUGUGAGAUGAACUGUUAAUAUCAAUUAGGAGUCCAAAGCAUUUCAUAUUCAGUCAUACUUUUGACACCCUACCUUUUCACCCUCUUAUCCUAGUGCACAAGUCCCAGAUAGAAAUCUAUUUCAGGGUCAGCUUGGGAAAACAUUAUGCCUACUACAGACUUUUUAAAGUCAUUAAUGGAAAACUACAAUUGAUUUCAAAUGCUUUAAAUCUAGACUGUCAGGUGGGAAAUAUAAGUGGACUUGCAAGAAACCUUUAUGAAAUCAUUAAAUGCUGCCAUUAAAGUUGGCUAUUGAUCUCAUAGUAAAUGUUGCUCAGUAUUCUUUCCAUAGGAGAGGGUGGAGAUUUUCACAGUUGUUUUAAGGUAAGUGAUAUUUGAGAAAGCAGGACAUAUAUAAAUUAAUGCAUUGCUUUAAUAUCAAUAAAUUCCUUUUUUUCUUAUAGAUUAUUGAACUCCUAAUCUAUAACAACUCAGACAAGGCAUACAUGGCUUUAGUAGGCUAUUCCUAUACUAGCAAAGUGCAAUAUUUAAAAAAAAAUCAAUCCUCAAAAUACAGAGAACAUAGAAUCAUCUAUAUGCUCAUGGGUUAUUUGCAGUCAGUUCACACUCAGUCAGAUAUUCCAUCAUGUUGACAUAGAAGGUACCAUGUCAUCUCUGGAGUUUACAAAAACUGUAAUACAUUUUGUCUACUCAGCAGAGAAUCAUUCAAAAGCCAUCUUUCAAAUGUCUGAAAUCACAGAUUCAUAGAACCACCAUUUCAGACACCUUAAACAAGGCUAUGUUUACACAAUUCCAAAAUAAUUGGUUUAAAAAUGGAAAUUCCAAUCAGUUGCUUGGUCUGCAACUAUGCCAAAAAUUGGCUUGGCUCAUUCUUCUCUAAAUCGAACAGAUGUUCUGAUGUCAUAAUAGACACAGCUUCAAUGCCAUUCAGUUUAUUAUGCAACAGGAUUUUCAGCAAUUCUCCAUGAAACUUGUUCAUUUUCUGUCAUGAACUGGCUUCUCAGCUCUUCUUUUUUUGUGUAAAACUUUAAAACUUCUAUUUAUUCUUCUAUUUGUUCCACCAACAUUGACCAAAAUGUAUUGACAUGGCUCUCAAGAGCAACAGGUGAUAGCUAUGUCAAUGGCAUCCCCUCCCUCCACACACAUUUCAUCUGUAGAGCUACAUGUGUGAAACUAAAAAUGUCCUUGAAAUCUGUCCUUAUAAAAAGUGUUAUAUAGAUGAGAUGCUAGGAUAAUUAUGCCUGAGGGCUCCAGGAUCAGAUGUCAAGUGACACUUCCUUUUUGAAACUAUGCCAAAUGAUUGCAUUUCUUUAUAGAAAGAGAGUGGUAAAAUGGCAGCUUUUAUUGAGUAUUAAAGCCGUUCACGGAAUGGCUACAUGAAAAUGAUGCUGAGUGUAUUUAAUGUGGGUGUGUCUUGCACACAAUGGACGCUCAAUAAAUAUUUGUCAAGUGAAUUAAAAUGUACAUGUUUACAUUUAUAAAAUAUUACCUAGCUGGGUUUUUGUCUAAGUAACAAAUUGCCCCUUCUCAUUCACUUAUUCAUUUGUUUAUUCACUCAACAAAUACUUAUUGAGAAGAUACUUUCACCAAUUGCUUGUUUCUUUUGCUUUGAUUUACAGCAUCAUUUCAUAAUUCUAAAGUUCAAAUUUUAUUUUGUUAUUACUAUAGAUUUGUUGUUGCCUAACCUAUUAAAGGGUAUGUGCUAGGAAACACAAUGUCACAACAUUGUUGAGACACAGGGGCCAACAAAUUAAAGUAGAGCAACUACAAUGUACUGGUGCCUAUAGAUACCUAUUUAGACAGUUGUUGACGAUGCCCACAUCAGCAUCCAUCUUCAAAAUCCAAGAAGGAAAGAUACUUCACAUUUUGAAGGCCAUCAGGGAAUUGCCUUGGCUGAGAGGAAUGGGACCUUUUGGAAGAGACAAACCUAUCACUGGGGGUCUGAUGACUUUGGGUCAGAGAGGAGACCAAACUGAAAGUAAAGAGAUGUAUUAACACACUAAAGAAGGCAUAUCUUACUAUUGGCAGCUUUAGCUUCUUAGGGGACAAAUUGGGUUUUUUCAAGCUCAGUUGUAGUACAAAGCAAAUCAGCAGCAUUAUGUAUCAAUUUAAGAUAGAUAAGUAAAACAUUUUGCAAGAGAGGGAGAGGGAGAGAAAAAGAGUGAUCAGCCAAUGGAGAAAAAGGGAGUAUUUGAAAUACAACUGGCAGGAUUUAUUACUGGAAUAAGAAAAUAUUCCAUGUUCAAGAGUAGGGAACAAGGCUAAGUGACCAAAUACUUUUACAGUUAAGAAAAAAGUCCUUUUACACAAAACUGCAGAAUCUCUUAUCCAAGUAAAGCAAGUAGUUGUCUUUACAAUAUCUUUAGUUUGUUACUAUUUUAUUUCUCCUUCAAUAGGAGUUGGGUACUUUCUAGUAUUAGGCCACCAGGUGGUUAAGGGACUAGUCCAUCAAGAUCUUGCAGGACGAUUGUGGUUGCUGUUUUUCCUCCACAAGGGCUUAUUCAGAAAUCAGGGCCAUCAUUAUUUAAGCAUAAAACAUUGGCCAGGAAAGAAAAUACUCAUGAUUGCAUCAUCUUUCUCUUACAUUUGAAUAAGUUCUAUUUCUUUGGACAGGAGGAGUUGGGCAUUCCCCUUUGCUGUUACUCCCAAAACAAAUCUGCUUUUUCUGAAGGAAUGAAACUUGUGGCCAGGAAAUCUCUACAUCAUUUUUUUUUUCUAAGCAAGUGAAAGGAUGCACUAAAUGAUUUCUCUGACUUCACCUGGAAGGUCUUAGGCCUUGCUGAUCUUGAAUCAAGGCAGCUUGUUCCAGGGUGAGCUUCUCUGUCAGAACUCUGUAUCUAAAUAUAAAUUGGAAUAGAUCAGGAAAAUGCUGUUCUUGUGUCAAUAUGACUAAAACGACUUAUGGUGAUUCGUCCAUAAUCAUUUCCACUUACUGCCAUCAGCACAGCUUGAAUAGACAGUUGUUGAGGCUUUGACUAUAGGCAUCACACCAACUUUGUUGAAAAAGAAUCACUAUCUCUUGACGACUAUAUCUUGAGUUGUUCUGUUUGCCUCUUGUUUCCUGAUAUUUCACAUUCGCUCUGGAAUGGACUUUGAGGAGGUUCUUGUCCAACCCCCUCAUUUUAUAGAUCAAAAAAUGAGGUCCAGAAAGAUGUAGUUAUGUCUAUCACACCAUGCUGGUUUUUUACUGUUUCGGUGAGUCCCUGAAGUGUUUCUUCUGCCCAUCUGACCUUAAGCUGCCUCAUAGCAUCUGCUUAGACACCUGUCUCACACAGAAAAUCUUGGUGGCAUUGAGCAUCCCUUUUCAGGACGCUAUAUUACCAUGGCUCUAGGACCUCAAGGCCCCGGUGAGCCCAUAGUGCCAUUUAGGUUUUUAAGUAGGGAUCAAAUACUAUUAAGUGGUUAAGAAGUCAUAAGUAUCCCUAUGGGUGAUACAAGUAUUUAUAACCAUCAUGAAGGUUGGACAUAUUACUGCCCUAGGGUCUUUUAGCUUGGGUUGGAGUUUGUUCAAGUGAUCAGCUCUUGUCUUUUCAUCCUGCAAAAUAUACUGGCUUCUUUUAAUUGGUCUUCUACAUCAUUGUUUGGCAGUUUUAGCAUUACACCAUCUUUCAGGCCCCUUCAACACAUUACUUUGAAAUUCUGAUAAGGUUAUAAUUUCAUUAUUGUGAGUAUUCCUUCCACCAAAAGAGAAUUCAUCCCAUUUUGGAUGAUUUGUGUUUCCAUAUUCACAUAAUUUCCUCAUAGAGUAUCUAUCCAACACACCGAAGACCUUCCUCUAGUUUUUUAUAUGUGUGUACGGAUGAGGAAGUAACAGUGUAGUCUUCUGUCUAUCUGUUGUCUUUUUCUCACCUAUAUAACUAAUCUACUUCCUUUUCUGGGCAAGUGUGUCUUUGAUGAUGGUGAAAGUGCUUUCUAGACUUUAAGGCACUUUAUAAAUAUGCAUCAUUCAUACUACUUUUACAAGUCAUGUUGGCAACAUGCUGCUUUCUACUUACCCCUACCAUGUGUCUUUUUAUUGUCCUUUAGGCUAUUUGUAAUGUUGUGUCUUCUAAGAUCUCGGUAAUUAUUCACAGCCAUCUAGCAUCACCAGGAGAAUCCUAGUGUUGAAGAGAUGGCCUUUUGUGGCAGCAAGUCUCCCCAGAUCUCAGGUUGAUCCUCCACUGCCAGCAUGGCAAUAAAUAAACAAAAUGGAGCUGUAUUCUGAAAUGAUCAGACCACUUCUAAGAUAACGUGGUCAGUUCUUGGCCUCACAUUUUAGGAGGGUCAUCAGAAAGCUCUAGGAAAUCCAGAAGCAACAAGGAUAUUGAAGGAAAUGAAAGUCAUUCCAAUGAAAGGAAAUAGCCAAAAGAGGGGCACAGUCUUCCCUUAUUUGGAAAGUUAUCAUGAAUGUAGUCAGGAAGGUCUCAUAGUGCCCUAUAUUUUUUCCUGUGUAUAUCAUGUCUCAAAGGUAAAGCCUAUAUUUCACCUUGUGGGCUGAAUCCAUACUGCCAUGGAUUCAGUUGUGCAGAACCUACACGGAACUUUUAGGCCAGGAUCUUGUCAAGAAAGAACCAAUAUAUCACAAAGAUAGCAAAAGCUUUUAAAAUUGAAAGAGGCCCCAGGGAGCAGUCAGUCUAACUGUCUUAUUUUGCAAAGGAGGAAAAUAAGGCCUAGAGAUUUACCCAGUCAAAUAGCUAGGUAGCGGCAGAGCCAAGACUAGAACCUAGAUCUCCUGAAUCUCAGGGUCCAAGAGGCUUUCCAUGACAGCAUAUUACCUCCCUAAUAAUUAUGGCACUUAGCUUUUUGGCCUUUUGAAGAUGAUGGGUUCAAAAUCCUGUGGAUACUACUCUCAGCAUUUCAUCUAUACAGAAAAAUGUCCAUACAGAUAUCCAAAUAGCUCUUUUCUCCCUAUUUGAAAGUCCCAGGAGAUAUGCUACUAGUCUGUAGAACUUACCAUCAUAUUCCUUACUUUAAUGGUGACUUCCUCCAGACAUGUAGCUAAGUCUCUAAUGGCUUUGAAUGGUUCUCUAGGCUUUAGAGCAAAGGUGUUAGGGGUGACCUGAACCAGAUUAAAAUGUAAUUGAGAAAUACUUAACAAAAUAAAUAAAAAUACAAUAGAAAAUAAUGUUAAAAUGUGGUUUUCUAUAUGAUCCUAUGAUCUGAUGACAUAUGAUGAACAGUUCACUUGAUCCUGGAUAUCUGAGGCAUUAUCAUCAAAUCAAAUUUGAUGAUGUUGGCUAACGGUGCCUUUGAUGUUAAUGGUUGUCUGUUGAAUGUUGAAUACUGAGGGCAGGCCAGUUUAUUCAAGAAACAAACAAAAACAAAGAUAAUUUGAAUUAUCCAAAACAUGCACAUUCAAUGCUUCACAGUUUAUAGAAUAGCUGAUCUUCCGCUUCUACUCACUUGCAUAUUCUAAAAAGUGGCAUUUCCCCCUUUUAUUGGCAAGAGAAAGGACUAUGAAUAUAGUCAACAGGGGCAUCAUACAGUCCAAUAAACUGAACAGGCUAGCAAUAUACAAUACAACUAGGUCCUGAUCAAUGAAUAAUGAACCCCAUGAAGCAGUCACAUGCAUUCAGACUAGCACUUUUUGAAGUCAGAAUUGUAUAAAAUAAGGUAUUUGGUUCUAGGUCAGUGGAAAUAUGCGGUGCAAAUAUGAAUAAUAUGACAACUUCAUGGAAUUCCUUAUUCACGCUUAUUGGCCCUAGAUGUAUAAAUAGCUGCCGGCUCACUGGUAGCAGACAGUGUCUGGUUACUUUUUUGACAAGUCCAUGUUCACUUCCUGCAUUUAGAGUCUCAUGAAGUAUAUGCUUUAAGACCUAAUCUAAACAUCAUCAACUACCUCUUUGGGUUUGUUUUGAUUUCUAGGGGAAAAACUCAAAUUCCUCACUUCAUGUCAUUUAGUGAAAGAAAAAUACCAUGCUCCCUUCACAGUACAGAUCUUCUGUGGUAGAUUUUGGUGGCACUUAAAUUCAAAUUUAUAGAAAUAUAAUAGAAAAUGACUUUGCACAUAUGCUGCAAGUCUUGCUGGUGUGUGUUUAAUGUGGUUACAUUUGCCAAAACUGCUUGGUGAAAUGUCUUCUAAUAGAACGCUUGAGUCAGAACUCUACUGUAAAUGUGUCUAAACAGCAAUAUGUAUCAUUGAUGAUGUAUUUUUGUAAACAUUGUGAUGGUUUCUUUCAAAUGUUAUGAGUAUGGGAUAAAAAUAAUCAUUUCACUUGGAGUAAUGUCAAAAAUAUCAUACAGUUGAUCAUAGACCUCUACAAAGUUACCUACUUGGCUUUGCUGGGUUUGGUGGUGGGAAGCACGGUUGGCACUCUGUGUGUGUGUGUGUGUGUGUGUGUGUGUGUGUGUGUGUGUGUGUGUGUAUCUCUAUCUCUGUCUCUCUUUCCCUCCCUCCCUCCCUCUCCACUGACUUGGAAUGCUAGUAUGAUAACCCAGUUGCAACCACUAUAUUAGGGCAGUUUUCCCCUUCAUCUCUGUCUCUGUUUGUCCAUCCGUCUGUCCUUCCAUCCAUACUUCUAUCUGUCUGUCAGUCUCUCUCUUCUCUCUCUCUCUCUCUCUCUCUCUCUCUCUCUCUCUCUCUCUCUCUCUCUCUCUCUCACACACACACACACACACACACAUACACACACAUUGUAGACACAAACCCCUGGAUAAGUCAGUUUGGUUCUCUAAAGUAUUACAUUUGGGGACCUAUGUGAAGGUAAUCCUAAUUAUGGCCUCUCACUUAUUUCCCUCAUGAUCUUUCAUGAGUGGCUAGCAGAAGGACUAUGUUUCGAAUGGCAUAGAAUCUCUAGGUUGUACUGAGUAUAUGUUGUGGUCCAUUUCAGAAACCUGCUCAUAUGUAGAUAAGGACAUAAAUCUCUAAACAAACAUAUCAGUCAGUCCUGCCCAAUUUUGAAAGCCCAUUUGGAAUCACUCUGAACCAUUAGGCCCAGUCACUCUAAACUGGGCGGAACCAAAUAAACUGCGGUGGUAGUGCAGUUGCCUUCCACAUCUUUCCUUGUCAUUGAUGCAAAGUUCUCAAGCCUCACCUGUUUCCUCAAUACUUCUUAAUGGGGCAAAUAUUUUGUUCACUGUGCUGAGUUCAUCAAGGACAAUUUAAUGCUUGCAUUUUCCUAAGAUUACUUUUGAUUCUGAGCUUAAGAACAUGUAAAACAAAUCCAGUUCUCACUACUUGGGUAGCUUUUCUGAAAACUGGCAGGUCUCUAUACAUGGACUGCAACCUAUGUAAAAGCCCAGAGCAAAGGCCACGUAAAAAUUAGAAAAUAUUUCAAGGAAGUAAGUGGUUAAAUAUCAUCAUCACUUCCUGCACAGUUCAGUUAGCACAGGUUCCCAGUUAUAACAAACUGCAGCUCAAAAAAAGCAAGUUCUUUUAGAAAGACUAUUCAGCAAUGACAGGAAUCAGAAAGAGGCCCCAUCAUUCCUCUCACUUUCCACAUUUUCUGAUUAUUUUAGCCUUAGAAUUGACUGGAGUCAAGGUUCAGAAGGGAAAGAUUUUUUCAUUACUUAAUAUCACUGUGAGAACUGCCCUGGAGACUUUGUAGAGGAUCAAUCCUGAUCUCUGAUUUUUUCCUAUCACUUUGGCUUUGUUUAAAUUAUGUGGGAAAAAGGACCUGUGGGUGAGACCUACAGGUGACCUAUAAGUGCCCAUGUUGGGGGCUUAGGCUUGCCAGAACUACAUGAACUCUGAAGAAAGCUCCUAGGUCAUUAAUCCAACCAAACCCUGCACAAUUUAAACACUGCCUUGGUCUACCUUCCUUCUCUGUAAUUUCAUGUAGCAGCCCCAACACUGGUGCCAACAUGCCUUUACUCAAUUUUUUAUGACAAAUACUUGUGGAGAAACUGUGAUAAAACCAUUGAUCCUAAUAUUUUUAUUGUUAACAGUGUAGUUAUUUCUCUAUGAAUAAUUUCUAUUUGAUUGUACUGUGUAGUGUAAAUGCCCAUUAGGGAUAGGUAAAUACCAGGUACCAUACAACUGCAAGUGCAUAGUGUAAUAUAGACUAGAAAGGGGUUUUUUUUGUGAGCAAUUUCUAUAGAAAGUAAGAGUUGUUUUCUAUGUGUUAGCACAUUUAUUUCAGUAAUUUUAAAAUGUUAUAACACUUUUUUAAACCUCUAAUAUUUUUAAUUACAAAAGACAUUUGUUACUAGAGUUUGCUAUUUCAGGUGUUUCUCUCUAAUUUGAAUAUUGAUUUGAUUACCUCACAAACCUCUAGAAUGCCAUGUGUUCUGUUGGGAAAAAAAUGCACAAUAAAUGUCAAG